AUGGAAGCCCAAACGGCGCACCCUCCCUCCGGUCCGUCCUCCGGCGCCUACCCACGGUGGGUCAUGCUCGAGCGGCGUUGCUAUUGCAGCAUCGGCGUCGGCAACUCCUCUUGCUCCACGGCCGACGCCAAGACUCAGGCAGCCGCCCGCACCAGCACCGGCCACAUGAUCCAAGUCUCCCUCAGCCUCGCAGAGCCCCUGUCAACUUCGAGCUUAUGCGUCCAGGUUUCUGACGGCGUCGAAGUACAGAAACACAAUUGUAAGGUGCUGGCGGCGCACGGCGAUUCUGUGCUCAUCGUGGUUCCUGUCCUUGACGAGAAUCAUCAGUACUACUACUACAAGGCAGACCACUUCGUCUACAACGCGGGAGAUGCCGCUGCGGACCCCCCACGGCCACCAUCGUUAUCGCUGCUCCCGCCUUUGUACCAGUAUCACACCGAGGAGGAGGAGGAAGAGGAGGACGAGGACGAGGAGGAGGAGGAGGAGGAGAACCCUGCGCCUCGAGAUCUGGCUGCUUUUGCCAUCGGCCUCCUGCGCCGUGGCGAGGACGAGCUCGUGGUGGCGGGGCUCAGGACGGGCUGUUCGGUGGAGGACGCACCGGAGCUGAAGCUGGCCGAGCUUUGCCUGUUCCGUUCCGGGGAGUGGAGCGUCCGGCGCCUUCCCAUCGACGGCGACGCCAGUGAAGGCUGGGACGAACUGCCUUCAGUGUGGCACACGGCCGUCCUCCCUGUCGGGGACCGGCAACUCUGCUGGGUGCACUUCUCGCGCGACGUCCUGGUGAUCUGCGACGACGUGUUCGAGGAGAGCCCCAGACUGCGAUAUCUACGGCUCCCCAUGGAUCCCCGUUUGGGCUCGCUAUCGAACCGCAACGUGUGCACCACCGCCGGCGACCGCGUGCUGAAGUUUGUCAACAUCUUCCCCCGCUGCUGCUGCGGCGGCGCAGGUGCCUCCUGCUGCAAACGUUCCCUCCACGCCUACACCAUACACACCUGGAUGCUGAGAAUGGACGACAUGGAGUGGAUAAAGGACGGCAUGGUCGACGCCACUGAGCUCUGGGCGCUCGACGCAUACAAGGGCCUCCCACGCGUCCCACUUGAGUGUCCCGUCGUGAGCAUGUACGAACCAAAUGUCAUCUACUUCCAGUUGCGAGAGAGUUACCAUGUCAAAAAUUGUAUUGACGACACGAUAUGGCUGCUGAAGGUCGAUAUGAGAAGCAAGACAAUACAAUCAUUCAACGGAGAUGGGCUUUCAUGCAUGUUGCAUAAGCUAAUCCCCAGCAAUGUAUCGCAAUUCUUCUAUACUUAUCCAAGUAACGCUAGUGAUGGUGCAUUGACGGAGCAAAGACAGAUGGGCAUUGAGAGGCCACCGAUAGUCGUCGUUGAUGAGCAGACAGUAAGAGAGGACGAUGCCAACAAUCCAAUGUUGCAAUCUUCUUCGUUCAUGGAGCCUUCUGAUCAAGCAUCAGAAAUCUUUGAGGCCCUUCUACAGAUAUCUAGGUACGGUUUGGAUGGUGAUGAGCUGAAAGCGUAUAGCAUACUUGUCCAGGACAACGGCCGCCUGUUUAGAUCUCUCUUAAGAUUACCAAAGAAUAUGAGGAAGGAUUGGUUGCUGAUGGAGAUUAUUAAGGCUAGUCAAGCUUAUUGA